AAAGAGGCAUUACAGACAAAUGAUUCUGUGUUCUGUUCUUCUAGAUUCCUCUCUUCGGCAUCAUGUCGUCGGAUUCUGCAGAUCCAUUUUACUGGAUGAGAGUCAUCCUGGCCUCAAACAGAGGAACUCUGAUGGAGCUGGGUAUCUCGCCUAUCGUGACCUCUGGCCUGAUCAUGCAGCUGCUUGCUGGAGCUAAACUCAUCGAAGUGGGAGACACCCCAAAAGACAGAGCUCUCUUCAACGGAGCUCAGAAAUUGUUUGGAAUGAUCAUCACCAUCGGCCAGGCGAUCGUGUACGUGAUGACCGGCAUGUACGGAGAUCCGUCAGAGAUGGGAGCAGGGAUCUGCCUGCUCAUCAUCAUUCAGGUCGGAGCAACUUCUGAUCAGGGAUCUGUGUGGAACUUUAUUGGAUCGAAGGGAAUUCUCAGUCUGGAGAACUGCUAUGUCCCACUUGGAGAAGGGAAUUACUGUUAUUUAUGGUGUGAUUGCUUAGUAAGCGUUCAC